AUUUCUUCAUCGUUCAGGCAGUUAAGUUAUUGACAGCAUGUGUGACUACUACUUCCAGAGGAUGGACGAAGAUCACGGCGACCUCGCCGAUGUCGUCCGUGCAGGCGGCCGGAGCACCGGGCUUCUGUCGAACGCCGACGUCGUCAAACCGCUCCUCGGCGACGACCCAGCCAGCUGGCAGCAGCAGCUCAACAGAGACUUCGGCGACCCCUUCACCUACGUCAGCGACCCGCUGCUGAACCCCUUCGCCGCCUACGCCGGCAUCGGAGGAGGUGACGGCAGAGAUCAGCAGCAGCUCCUUGCGCCGCCUCCGGAGAAGGCGAGUUGUAUAAUUGGCGGCACGAGCCUGUUGCCGCAGUUGCAUACGAUCUCGCCGCCGCCGUCGUCGUCGCGGCUGUUGAUGAGGCCGACGCCGGCGGUGGCGUCAGGAGAGAUGAUGGUGAAGGUGGCCGCCUCCGCCGCCGCCGCCUGCAGCGGCGGGGUGCAGAUCUCGCCCCAUGGCGCUUCUCCGGGGAUCAAACGGAGGAAAAGCCAGGCGAAGAAGGUGGUGUGCAUACCGGCGGCACCGGCGGCAGUGACCGGGAGCAACAGGCCGAGCGCCGGCGAGGUGGUUCCAUCAGAUCUCUGGGCGUGGAGGAAGUACGGGCAGAAACCAAUCAAGGGUUCUCCUUAUCCAAGAGGGUACUACAGAUGCAGCAGCUCAAAGGGUUGCUCCGCCCGGAAACAGGUUGAGCGCAGCCGCACCGAGCCCAACAUGCUGGUCAUCACCUACACCUCCGAACACAACCACCCUUGGCCGACCCAGCGCAACGCACUCGCCGGCUCCAUCCGCUCCCACCUCUCCAAGUCGUCGUCCCAAAGGCCCCCUUCCACCGCCGGUCCGACGAUCCCUGAUAUUGAGCAGUGGCCAAUGUCUCCCGGCCUAGUCAAAGAAGAAGCCACAGACGAUGAUCAAUUUGACUAUAAGCCGAUGGUCCCUGAGCCGGACCAGCCCGAUGACUUCUUCUCUGAUCUGGCCGAGCUCGAGUCUGACCCAAUGAACCUCAUUUUCUCCAAAGGGUUCGGGGAAGACGACAAGCAGAAGGAGGAGGAGGAAGAGGUGAUGGCGGCGAAGGCGGCGGCCGAUCCUUUGUUCGACAUGUUUGAUUGGGACACCGGCAGCUCUUGAUUGAUGAAGCCAUCGGAGGAAAUAGGUUUAUGACCAGACCUUGGAACAGCCAUGAACGUAGAGUCUUGUUCGAGGUCUAGCUAUAAACCUUUUUGAAUUCAAAAUUGCUGUUUUAUUCUGUUAAUUAGUUCCUUUGUAUUGUAGUCAAGAUACAAUAACAAUUAGACGAACCCAUUUCAAUAGACCAAA